CUCGCACCCCCAACGCCGGAGACGGGACGGGGGGCCCGGCUUUCCGAAGCGCUGAGUCCGCGGGACCGGCUGCCGUGGCCCUCGGACCUCUCCUCCGUGGGUGGAAGGAAAGCCUGGGCGACUGGAAGCCACGGCUCCUCCCUGCCCGGCUUGGCCACCUCGCCUCCGGCGGUGCCCGACCCGCACGGUGGAGCCGCUCCCCGGCUUUGGAGACGCUGCGGGUGCUUUGGACGCGGGAGGGACGCCCUUCCCCGGGUGUUCGCGUUUCCACGUGCAUUUUCCUGCAGCGGAUGUCCGACAGGAAGCCUCGCUACGCCGAGUUAGCGAAACGCAUCUAAGGUUCCCACAAUGAAGUUAGCAAAGCAGUGUCCCGAACAGGUCGUUUUUCCUGCGUUUAACAGCGUUUAUGUAGGUUGACAGACCCCGGCAGCUGAAAAGGCCUCGCUGCUAAGCUCUUUCGGGGCACUAUGAACGAAGAGGAGCAGUUUGUAAACAUUGAUUUGAAUGAUGACAACAUCUGCAGUGUUUGUAAACUGGGAACAGAAAAAGAAACGCUCUCCUUCUGCCACGUUUGUUUUGAGCUAAAUAUUGAGGGAGUACCAAAAUCUGAUCUCUUGCACACUGGAUCGUUAAGGGGCCAUAAAGACUGCUUUGAAAAAUACCAUUUGAUUGUAAACCAGGAUUGUCCUAGAUCUAAGCUUUCAAAAAGUACUUAUGAAGAAGUUAAAACCAUUUUAAGUAAGAAGAUAAACUGGAUUGUACAAUAUGCACAAAAUAAGGAUGUGGAUUCAGAUUCUGAAUGUUCUAAAAAUCCCCAGCAUCAGGUGUUUAAUUUCAGGCCAAAGCCAGAUAAAAAGUUACUCCCACAGUUUGACUCCCAAGUACCAAAGUAUUCUGCACAGUGGAUGGGUGGAGGUACAGGUGGCCUCUCACACUGUACACAAAGAAUAUUGGAGCAGAGGGAAAAUACAGACUUUGAGCUUGCUGUGUUACAAGACUCAGGUGCCACUGUACGCCACAAUAGUGUAUUGUGGUCUCAUAGUCACAACCAGGCACAGAAAAAAGAAGAGGCAAUCUCUACUCCAGAGGCUAAUGUCCAGACCCAGCAUCCACAUUAUAGCAGAGAGGAAUUGAAUUCGAUGACUUUUGGUGAGGUAAAGCAACUGAAUGCAAAGCUCCGACAGCAAAUACAGGAAGUUUUUGAAGAGUUAACACACCAGGUGCAAGAAAAAGAUUCUUUGGCCUCAGAGCUCCAUGUCCGCCACGUUGCCAUCGAACAGCUUCUCAAGAACUAUUCCAAGUUACCUUGUUGGCAAGUGGGGCGGACAGGAGUGAAGUCACACCCACCCAUAAACAACUGAACUCAGCUGGCACCCACUGCCCAGCCCCUGCCACUGGCUGACUGCUCUGCCAAGCACGCAGGCUCUGAAGAAGCAGAAGAAAGUUAUGGUCCAUUUUUUCAUGGUCAUUAAAUUUGUAAAGCUUAAAGGCAGUAUUAACAUCUUUGUCAAAUAAAGUGGAUUGUUAUACUCUAGUCUUCUAGGGUUCAUCAUUUUGAUUUAUUUUGGGAAUCUGUUUCCCCUGUAAUUACUAAAUGGCACUCCCUAAUUACCACACGUGACUACUUAAACAUACUGUUACAGUGUGAUUUUAUUAAAUGUGGUUUAAUGUAAUUCAACUUUCAAAACAAUAGAAGGUUAACAAAGUCCUUAGUCUGAACUACUAAAGAUAAAUUUUAAGAGGGAAAUGGAAUUCAUAUCACCUCUUAUUUAUUAUGAGCAAUAUUUUAAUAUGAAAAUUUUAUAUAUAUAUAUAUAAAUGCUAUUUUAGGUACCUUUCCAUUCUCUUUAUAAAUGUGUGUUUGAAUGGCUCUCUGUUAUAUUUACUCUUUCAUGUGUGAAUAUGUUACCCAUAUUUCACAUCACUGCAUUUUAUUCUCUUAAUACACUGUUUUUACAACUCUUGUCUUGUUUUCCAAAGAUAAAUGUAUUUUGGAGUAGAAAUAUAGGUGAAUUGUCUGACUUCUAAUAGCUCUUAUGAAAGAGAAAUUAAUAACUUUUUAAAGCAAAUAUACAAGAAAAUAAAAUAUUUUUUUUUCUAUCAAGAGCAGUUCUGAGUUCAUUCAGGAAGAAAAUGCUAAUCUAACUUUUGUAUGUCAAUUUAUCUCCAUAGAAGUAAAAGCCUCUUCUACUUCAUGAUUACUUUCAUUCUAAUUACUUUCAUUCUAAUGACUUUGAUGUGUUAGAAUUUGGGCAGAGUAAGUCAAGUCUCAUUUCCAAGUCAAAUGUAGUAUCUGUCUUCAAAUUGUGCUGUGAAAUAAUUGUCCCAUCUUUGAAAAACAUUAAAACUAUUUUGUGUGCCACUUUGGAUACAGGUUCAAGAAUCCUUAAACUGUCCAAAUUCUGUUAUCAACCUCAGAAAGUAUUGUGAGGUAUUUUUCUAAACUUUAGAAUCACAAGGGCAAGAGAAGACUGCUUGACAAAGAAAAACAAAACUAAUUCAAAAAAAGCCCGUUUUGAAAAGGAUAAAAUCAUAUAAGUUGCCUGUGACAUUUCCAAAGAGUUCUGAACUAACAGGUUGUCUCAAGCAACUACAUAACUUUUUAAUUAGUAUAGUAAAAGCUAUAAUCAAUGCAGAAUUAAAAUGGGCUCUAAAUUCUGUUUUCAACUGGUGCUUAGAAUGUAUUUGUAAUGUAAGAUCCUUUGCUUGAAGGAAACUACAGAAAAGCACAUAACUUGGCAGCUUCGUAUAUGAAGAUAGGAAUGACUUCUGUAAAUUCGGCAGCCUGCCCCAGCUUGGGUCAGAUUUUAAUCUUGAACAUAAAUAGUAUUUGACUAAGCAAAGAAACACCUCAAACUAAUAGAAAACAACUUUUUUGUAAUGCUAAGAUGUAUUAAAUUUACUUGAGUGUAUUACUUGAUAUCUCAAUGAUUUUUGUUGUUUUGAAGUAUGACGUAACUGCUUUUUGGAGAGAGCUUUUGAAAGAUGAUUUCAAUUUCUCUUGAUUCUUUGAGUCAUCCAAAAUGAAUUUAAACUCCAGGGUGUUGGGAGGCAUUGCCUUAGUUUUUGAUAAGCUUUAAACUGAAUGUGUGCAAUAUCAAAAUCGAUACAUUUACAAGGUGAAUAGACACUCCAGAAGAUGCUAGUAUCUUAGUGCCUAGUUGUUGUGGUCACAUUUUCAAAGUUGACUUGACUCUCUUUUGGCGUAAUUCAUUAAAAAUGUCACCAGCCAGUUGCUUGCACACAUUUCUGCGUCUGUUUAGGUCACUUAGGGACAGCCAUAAAUUUGGGGGCGUGUUGCGUUUGGUAUCAAUAGUAGCAUAUUCCAGAAGAUGAGCCAUAUGGUGCAGCCCUGAAGACAACAAUGUUACCCAAAGAAAGUAUUUUCUUAUUUCUUAAGGAAUUUCUGGCAAAUAUGCAGCUUUACUAAUGAGUCUGGAACAAUUGGAUGGGAUUGUGCAUGUACCAAGGUCUUAAUCGGGGAUUCUGAUUUAUUCUGUUUAGAUAUUUAAGCUCUUCAAAGGAAAGGUGCUUUGUAUUAAAAAUACCCGCGGUGCUGGUACUCACACUAGUACUUUAUUUGGAUAAAUAUUCUAGUAAAAUAAAUUUUUGUUGAAGUGUUUUGCACAACAGUUGAUCCAAAUAUUUGAUAAGCUUACUUUAUAUUCCAAUGUUAGUUUUCUUGAUUGAAUGUACAAUUAUUGUAUAUACUAACAUAGGGAUGAGGGACAGAGUUGAGUUCUACCUUGAGAGAAUAUGAAAUACUACAGAUAUUCGUUACCAUACUUGGCUAGUCUGUACAGUUGUGAGCACUUUUUGAGGAAGUUUAGAAGAAAAUCUCAUAUAUACCUUCAGUUUUAAAAAGGGCAAGAGAGAGGCUGCUAAUUAGCUAUUACUAAUAUUUUCAGAGCUUAUAUGAUUAAGGGAAAUGAAAUAGGACUAAUAUUUUUUUCACGUUAGAUUUCAUAAUUAGGCAAGUUGAAUUGAGUUUUAAAAAAUCAGUUUGCAGUCAAAAGUGAUUUUGACCAUACAAGAUUAUUCUCUUUAAGAUUAAAGUUUUCAAAUCCAUUUGGCCUUUUAUCAUCCUUUGAUACUACUAUUUAAAAUCCUAAUUUGUCUUCUUUUUUAAGGUAUGCACUCAAGACACCAGUAAUGAAUGAUGAAGGCAACAGAAUUGUGUUUUGUCCCACUAUGUGGUUUCUUAUGCACAAUGUUGGGGCAAAGAAAUGUUCUUGAAUCUUCAAAUUAUAUGCUCAUUUCACCACAAAGUGCCCAUUUUUAUAUGCAUUUGAGGAUUAUUUUUAAAAUAGCAAGCUCAUGUUGGAAAGUGAUUUCAGAAAUACAGUCAAAAUAUAUUGUAUUUUGUUGUUGGCAUCUUGACAGGCAUUUAGAUAUUUCUCGGGUUUCUCAUUUUACCAUAUUCUUUCCCACUGAAAAUGGUUUAAAGUGCUUUCUGGGGGUUUUUUUGUUUAUAUAAUAUUUUUACCUUGGUGUUUAUACUCUUCAGUUUUGUCAGUCAAUUUUUGCUAGUUUUUUAUAAUUAGUUGUUUUGGAUCCAUUUGUGUGUGUUAAUAUUUGCCAAUUUGGGAAGAAAUCUGCAUUAUUAAUGUGUAAAAUGUAAUACAAAAUGUAUAUGCUCUAAACUUAAGCAGGGACUUUUAAAAAAUAAAUGAUUUGUGUAACUUAGUAGGAGGUUCAGGUUAGUGACCAUAAAAUUAGGUUACAUGAUGUGAAAACUUUUAAAUGGUACAGAGUAAUGUUAUUUUUUCUGAUUUAUGCCAGUUUACUGAUGUUAUUGCUUAUGCUAAAGUAAGAUAUUUGAGUAUUUUUAAGUACUUACCACAAAGUUUAAUACUCAACAAAACUCUUUAAAUAGUUUUUGUUCAGAUGGGGCUGUAAAGCAAAGAUAAUUGAUUUCAUUUCAAUGUUUAAUUGCAUUUUUGACUUUAGGUUGGUGGAAAUAAAUCAGGAAAUUGUGGUGAAAAUCAGUACGAGAGAAAAUUCAACAGGUUCCUCUUGCCAAAUUAAGUUUUAUGGUGUUAGGGUGGGAGAGAGUAUUUACCUGAAUAACAAGGUAAUAGGGCUCUGGCACCAGUACGGGUUUCUUGGAGGAGGGCUAUGAUAGUGUUUGGAAGAAAUAACAAGACUCUGUCGUACAUCUCAGUAUUUUCAUUCACUUCAUCCUUUCCUAACUGCCCUUGUUAUCAUGUAGUCUAAGGUAUGUCACAAUUUGGUCAUAUUGCUGUGAACACAUCAUAGCAAGUCAUAGCAAGUCUCUAGCAUUAAGAUUUUUUUAGCAUCUAGUUCAUAACAUACUUUUCCUAUUCUUUCUAGUUUAAAAGAGUCCAGAUUACUUAAUACAUUUUAGUCAUGUUGAAUAGUCAUAAUUUUGAGAUUACCAGAGUGAAACAAAUCAUGGACGUGGGUAUUGCUCUCCAUCCUCCCCCCGCCCCGCCCCCAAAAAAUGGUUAGUUGAACCUCCUCGCCUACACACAAAGCAAAGGGAAUUUUAGUAAUUGUUUCUUAUUUCUUUCAAACGUGUAAAUGUUUAUUUCCAUUCUACUACCUCCAAAAGAUGCAGUUUAGAAAGUUCAUUAGUUCUGUUAAAGCCAUCCCUACUUUUACAAUAUGUGGGUUAACCUUGAUAUAUAUCAGUAGCUUAUACUAUGGUCAUUGAAAAUCAUCUCUCUGGUGUUAGAAAUUUAUUUUACAAAAUUGUGCUAAGACGUUCAGAAAAAGAAAAUGCAACUGCAGUGGUGAAAAACAAGAUAGUUUCAGAAGUUUAUUUAGACAUUGCUUGGCUGUUACACUUUUAAAACUGCAAUAACUUACGUGUUUGUAUUCUCCUUUGGAACUGUAAUUACAUAUGCUUGUCUACUAUUUUUAAUUUUACAAUAAAAUAAAUAUUUUGUUU